ACUCAGUCUUUAGUAAAUAACGGCGGUACAUUUUGUGAACAAUGGCGCCGUAAAUUAAACAGCUGAUACGAAUAAGUUAUAGAACAAUGAAGCAAAAUAAAAAUUUAAAAAUAGAUAGUUAUAAAAAUAAUAAUAAAUAAACUUGCAGAUCAAUGGCGUCGAGUGAUAAUACUAAGGAUUGUUUGGCUUGCCGAUUAAUUAGUGGUUUCGGACUUAUUGCAAUGGGAGCAUACAUUUUUUCACAAUCUAAAAAUCGUAAGAGGUUGGAAAUGAAUACUAUGCGUUUGAUUUCGGGAAGUGUUGUGUUCCUAGGUUUGGCGAGACUAUCCAAUUCAAGUUUUCUGAAAUCAAGUAACUCGGACGUCUAAUCGCCAAAACUGACAUUUCGACAGACUUGAAUUCUAUGGAUCUGGAAUUCUUUGUUUUCAGGAUUUGUCUAUUUAUUGACAUAAUAAUUUUAUGUACAUUUGUACAUUUUGACUAAAAUGUUAAUAUUGAGUCUAUAUGUACUAACUAAACACUAAACUCUGCCUAAGCUUUUUGCUAUCUAUAACAACAACAAUAAGUAAAAAUCAUUCAUACGAAUUUUAUGUUUAA